AUGGAAACAUACAUUGGAUACAUCAAAUCGCCACAAGAUGCUCUUUUGAUCUUUGAAGCAUGUCGAAGAGGCACCUUGAACAGAGUGCAGAGACGUUUAACAUCAAAAGAACGCUUAAACAUUCAUUCUGGAUCUGUAUUUGCUUGGGAUGAAAACGAAGCUGGUAUGCGACGAUGGACAGAUGGUCGUACAUGGUCUCCAAGCAGAGUACUAGGCAGCUUCCUGACCUAUAAAGAGCUGGAUACAAAGCGCAGACCCCGUAGGCCUACCAAUGUGAUGCCUGGUGUCAAGCAAGUGGCCUUCUCCUACAAGCAAAAUGGCCUCAUCAAGCAGAGCUUUUCAAUCUGCACAACAACAAAUCAAAAAAUCCACCUCAUCUCUUACUACACAAAAUCAGACAUCCUCUCUGGCCGCUUAUUAAGGCCAUCUCAAGACAGUCGAUUCAACUCUAUUGAAAUCCCAAAGGGAUUAUAUCCUGAAUUAAACCCUCUAGACAUUGGUGGAGGACAUGUUGCUUCCAUGCAGCAUUAUCAGCGCCAUGACUCCAUGGAUUCCUCUUGCUCUGGAGUCGACAACUUGUCCGUUUCUUCGUCGUCCACUACAAACUCAUCAUUGCCACCACCAUCCCUUACAUCAUCAUCGACAUCUCCUCAGUCAUUGGAAGACGACUAUAAUGAAACCAUACUAACACCACUAAAUCAUACCAAAGUUUAUCAUCAACAGCCCAGUCCGAAACUUUUGUCCACAUCAUCCACCUCAUAUUUGCUACCUAUACAAGACAUUGCUUGGGAGAAGUUACCAUCAUCAGAAGACGACCGUCAGUUGAAUGCGUUACGAGGCCACGUCCGUAUCUAA